UUUCCGGAGGAGAAGUGAAAUCAGGAAUACCUUUGCCAAUGACCCGACACAUUGCCUCAUCAUGCAGUCCGAAACUCACUGUGACCCUCCUAGCAAUCUCUCCCACAAUGGACAAUCAGUUGGAACUACAAAUGGAAGCCAAAUCCCAAAUCCCAGUAUGAACCAACACCACUAUAUUAUCGGGUGGCAGCCACAACUUUUCACACAGCAUGGAUUACACUUUCUACAGACUGGUCAUCAUGGAGAUGGAGUUAAUGGGAGGUCAUCAGCAGAACAGACUCCUGUGUACUUAUCUGUAGGUCCAGGUUGUGGCACUCUUACCAGUGGACACAACAUGGCCUCAGCUGGAACCCAGCACUGUGUGCAGUCACAGCCCAUGGCCAUGGUACAAAGUCAACGGACAUUCCUCAUUAACACGUACAAAGUUCGCUUACACAGAGGUAAUCGGCCACAGGACAAGUUAAACAGUGACAAGAGUUCCUCCCAUUCAUCUCCUGUUUCUCAAUCUCACCAAUUCAGUGGUUCAAAGCAAGUUCAAAAGCCCACCAUGGAUCAGAUCUCCAGUGGGAUCUCGAAUCACCAAAAAAGUUUUCCAAGAAAAGUUACUCUUCUCAUCAAGCAGAGUGACUUGGUUUGUGCUGCUAAACCAGAGCAUGUCCUUAAGGAACAAAGAACUGUUGUUUCAUGUGGAGAUGACCGUUCACAACAGCCUGAGCAAGAGCGCAACAUGAUUGGGAGGGGAAUGGUACAGGCAUCCUCAACUUUAUCUACAGGACAAUCAGGGAGCUCAGUUCUUCACAUAAGUGACGGUCGCUUUAAUGGUGUGAAAUUAGCUAACAGGUCAUCUUUGUUAGCUUCUCAGUCUGUCUUCACUACCAGUUUGACUAGCUUGCAAUCCACCUGCUGCUCAUCUGAUAACGGUGUCCCUUCUCCGCCUACCAUCAUUUCCCAAGGUCUUCAGUCAAAGUAUACCUCUUCUCAGGGUUUGAGUACUUCCCUCCCGACGAGGAGUAGUGCACAUAUUUCCACCUCCUACCCCAAUAGCCUUCCUCCUGACCUUUCCAGGCCCACUCAGACCCGUGUUGAUGUUAGAAACAUGCUGGUGCAAACAGUCCAAGGACAAUCGAAAACACAUACGCAAAGGGCUGUUGCGGUUGUCCCUCCUACAUUACAACAGCGUCCUGAUGAUGAUGAAAGAAAAAAAGAAAAGGGUGAUGAACAAUCUAUUAAGAUAUAUAGUGUUUGGUCAGACGCUGCAGAAAACACAGAUGAAAAUAUAUCUAAGCCUGGUUGUCAUCCUUCAGUAAUUGGCAUUGAUGGGUCUGAUGUGAAGUCCUCAUCUGAUCACAAGAGAGUAGUAAAUGAAGGCUGCCAUCAAACUGUUGUCUCGUUUAAAAAAUGUGUACCUAACUUGUCACAAUCAACAGAACAGAAAUCUGAUGUAGCAAAACAUCCAAAAAUAAAGGGGAGCAUUGUCGAUCUGAAAUCAAAGACAGAGGAGAUCACCACCCAACCAAACCAACAUGCCACAACCAACACUCAUCCAGAACAAAAUUACGGACUAUUAGGUUCCUUCAGAGACUCCGUAAAGUUUAGUCUUAGGAUGUUGAAAGAGUUGAUUGCUAAUCUUGAAGCAGAACAAAUCAAGCAAAACGGCAAGAGUGAUGAUAGCUCAGACCCUGUGCAUACUUUACUUGACCUUUACUGGGGUGGAAGUUCUUAUAACUACAAGACUGCAAAAGCAGAAGGUGUCAUUGAGAAUAUACUGCAAGAAGCCACCGAGUUUAACAUUGCAAAUGAUUCUGUGGUUUUUGAUGGCAUGAAAGUGGAGGAUUUAUAUCAGUUAAAAGAAAGAUUUCACAUUCCUAAGUGGGAUUGCAAUGUUUCAGUGUCAGAUGAUAUCUUUAAGUCAUCUUCAAGAGGCAUUGAGGAAAAAGUAGGAGGGCUUGACAAACAAUCUACAGAGAACAGUUUUAUCUCUGAAACCUGUUCUCUAUUACCACCAGAGCACAUUGAGACCAUGGUAGGUGUAUCUAUGGAAGAUCCUCAUUGUUCCCUAUCAGCCAAAACUUUGGACAAAGCCACUGAUCUUGAGAGGACUGGCACAAAUAAUGCAGAAGAUUCCCAAAAGCCAGCCAUUAGCCUUUCAAAUCUGCAUGUUCCUGACAAUGAAAUUGUCACUGACACAGAAAAAAAUGCUUUUUAUAGCAGCAAUGUUCCAAACAUCCGUAAGUGUAAAAAACAGGAUGAUUGUGGUAUCCUUGAGCUGGAGAAAACACCAGAGAAGGACUACACAAUAAGUCCAAAGUCCCCUCCAGAUUUUGCAGUGAAAUUAACCAUGCUGUCCUCUGAGGACAUAAUGAAAACGUUUGAUUGUGAGAAUAAUGGCAAGAUGAAAAAUCUCUGUGAGAACCUGUCUUCAACAGCACCAAGCACGGCUGAAGAACCAACUCAAGGCUUUACCAAAAUGAAGAUGCAAGUGUUGUCACCAGAUGAGGCAAAGUCCCUCUUUAAGCUAUUAUAUGAAGAUGACAAAGAGGGGUUGUGUACAUCUUCUCCUGACACACCUCAUAGGCAUGCAGAUGAUGAGGAUGAGACAGGGCUUGUUUCUCUGCAAAAGGGUAAUGUAAACCCAGAUCAGAUCCAAGCAGAAACUGUUGAUGGCAAAACUCUAGACUUGUCAGGUGGUGUUUUGCCAUGUAUUUUCGCUAACAAUUCAGGUAAAGGGUUUCACAGCCACACAAUUACAGCAGACAAGAUGGUACUUGACAAGAACAAGUUAUCAUUGUUUAAAAAGGUGCAGCAUAGUUCUCCUGAAAAAACCCUAACUGAAGAGGAUGCAGUGAAACCAAGGUGUCUCCAACCCAAAAGCAGUAAUGCACAGAAAUCAUGUGGUACAACAACCCUCAAAAAGCUAUCCCAUGGUCCAACAACCUCCCAGAAGGCUAAGAAAGGUUUUCUUUCAUCAGCCAAAUAUGUGCAUGGAGCAAAAGGGGUGCUGCAUCCACACCUUCUCUCAAAAUCCAACAGUUGUGCCACACUUUCUGUAAAGGAUCUUGCCAGAAGCAAUAAAAGGAAGUGGGUUGAACAUGGUAGUGAAGAUCAAGUAACAUUAGUCACAUCCUCACCACCCAAACCUUCAAUUGUUUUCUCACCAAUGGAAACAUCUGCUAAGGAAAAGGUCCUCAAAAAUUGGGAGAGCACCUUUGUGCCAACAAAUGUUAAGUCAAGAAGACUGUCUGUCCCUAGUACAAAGGAGACAUCCUUCAGUUCAUCAGAGUUUAAACCUAGAAGACAUGAGAAGACAUGACAAAUUAAGAAUGAAGCCAGAUAUUGGACCAUUAAUAAUUUUACGUCUGGGUGACAUCUCUCAGUUACACUAUUCAAAUGAAGAGUUUUGUAUGAAUCUCUGUUAAAUAAUUUCAUUGUAGAUGAGGUUGACAUUAUGUUUUUUUCAGUAUAUAUAUAUUUUUUAAAUAAAACAUUUACACCUA